AUGGAGUUUGGGAACUCGACCUUGGGAAGUGGCUUCAUCUUGUUGGGGAUUCUAGAUGACAGUGGAUCUCCUGAACUGCUCUGUGCUACUAUCACAGCCCUGUACAUGUUGGCUCUGAUCAGCAAUGGACUGCUGCUCCUGGUCAUCACUGUGGACACCCGGCUCCAUGUGCCCAUGUACCUCCUACUUGGACAGCUCUCUCUCAUGGACCUACUCCUUACAUCAGUUAUCACUCCCAAGGCUGUUGUGGAUUUUCUACUCAAAGAUAACACCAUAUCUUUUGGAGGUUGUGCCCUUCAGAUGUUUCUAGAACUGGUACUUGGUAGUGCAGAGGACCUCCUUUUGGCCUUCAUGGCUUAUGACAGGUAUGUAGCCAUUUGUCAUCCUCUGAACUACAUGAUCCUCAUGAGGCCAAGUGUUUGCUGGUUCAUGGUAGCCACAACAUGGAUCCUGGCUUCAGUGACGGCCCUUCUCUUAACUAUCUUCACUAUGCAGUAUCCCUUCUGUAAAUCUAGGCAGAUCAGACACCUGUUCUGUGAGAUCCCUCCCUUGCUAGAGCUGGCCUGUGCAGACACCUCCACAUAUGAGCUCAUGGUUUAUUUGGCAGGUGUCUCUGUCUUGAUUCUACCUCUUGCUGUUAUCCUGACCUCCUAUGCACGAAUUCUGUUUACUGUACUCCACAUGUCUUCAAAUGAGGGCAGGAAGAAAGCCCUGGUCACCUGCUCUUCUCACCUGACUGUGGUUGGGAUGUGGUAUGGGGGUGCUUCCUUCAUGUAUGUUCUUCCCAAUCAAUUCCACAGUCCCAAGCAAGAUAAUAUCCUCUCUAUUUUCUAUACUAUUGUCACUCCGGCUCUGAAUCCCCUCAUCUACAGCUUGAGGAACAAGGAAGUCACGGGGGCCUUAAGGAAGAUUCUUGGGAAACGGUUGCUGCCAACACAAUCCACUUUCUAG